AAGAGGCAACCAAGUGCAGCAUAAAACGGCGCCAGUCGCGAGAGUCACAUCGGCCAUAUGGCGGCAAACCGCUCUCUUCUAAUUCUGUUCAAAAGCCCUAACACACGCGUCGAAUCCUCUCGAAGUUCGUCGUCGGUAAUAGUUUCUAGAACAUACGCCAUCGGAUGUUCAAAGAUAAAGAACCGCAUUGCGUGCGAGAUCAAGAAUUUCGAGAAUCCUUAUCCGUGGACUAUCGAAAGCGUUCCUGGUACUGAUCCUUUUUCCUCAAUUCAAAAUUCUGCUUCUACUUCGUCCUCCGUACCAAUGGCUGCUGCCUCAGUCGCCGCCGCCGGUCUGGAAUUGUCUUCUAAAAGCGACGCCAAGAAGAUCUGCCUAUUUUUCUGCGCGGAGACGAAGAUUCUCGCGGAGAAAAUCGCCGCUGAGUCCGAUGGAAUUGAGCUACGUAAUAUCUCAUGGAGGAAGUUUGAGGAUGGAUUUCCGAACAUAUUUAUACCUAAUGCACAAGGAAUUCGUGGACAGCAUGUGGCUUUUCUUGCAUCCUUCAGUUCACCAGCUGUAAUCUUUGAGCAACUCUCCGUUAUUUAUGCUCUGCCGAAACUGUUCAUCUCUUCAUUUACGCUUGUUCUUCCCUUCUUUCCUACUGGAACUUUUGAGCGCAUGGAGGAUGAAGGAGAUGUUGCAACUGCUUUUACUCUAGCGCGGAUCCUAUCGAAUAUACCUAUUUCAAGAGGAGGACCGACGAGCCUUGUGACUUUUGACAUUCAUGCCUUGCAGGAGAGGUUUUACUUUGGAGACAAUAUUUUACCUUGCUUUGAAAGUGGAAUUCCUUUGCUAAAAAAUAGAUUGCAGCAGUUGCCAGAUUCUGACAAUGUGGCAAUUGCUUUUCCUGAUGAUGGAGCAUGGAAAAGAUUUCAUAAUCAGCUGCAGCAUUUUCCUACG